CAGUUUCUUCGGUUGGGGCGACAUGUGGAAUUGUUUUAAAAUAUGCUUUUAACAUACAUUACCAUAGUUUCUCUUUAUUAACCUUUCUUUUUCUAUUAGAUUCAAAUUCUUAAGUCGUCUGUCUGCUCUGCGCUUUUUAGUGCGCUUUUACGCACAAGGCCAACAAGGUCAUGGGAGUCACAGUGUAAACGGCAUUUUAUACAUCAAUGUAUAGCUGCCAUUAGUAGUUUUAUUUAAGGAAAUGUUUAACUAUAGAAACGGGCAUGAACAUCUGGACUACAUUUACUGGGCACCUGCGUAAAUUGCCGUGCCACUAUUACGCGUGCGUGUAAAAGUCUAUUUUAAGACGUAAGCUAAUAGGCCGAUGCUUUAAAUGACAAUUCCCCCAGCGAUUAAUAUUCAUAGUAUCCCAUCAAGAGGUUUUUUACUAAAGACUGCGGCCAUUUGUUGAACAAAGUGACCCAGUUCAGAGAACCUUUUUGGGUGAUGAAUCUCAUUUGACAGAUCAGUAAACUCCUGUCAAAUCCCAGAUUUCUACAACACAGUCCAUGUGUUCAGCCUGCUCCGCGGCGCCAUUGUAGUUCUGUAGAAGCCAGUCUGUUAGCACACUGCCUUACCCCUAUAACGACAUACCCAAAUUUGCACUGGGCUCAGUAUAUGUACCCCCCUCCUCCCUCUCUACACACACGCCCGCACACACACACAUCCCGAUCUCAUCCCCGCCCCUCUCCAAAAUUUUAGAUGAAAGGGCUUUUGGAUUUUGGAUGACGCUCCCAAUCACGUGUUCAUAGGAAAUACACUCGCUAUAAUUUUUUUGGAGCUGCCUCGUCCUGCACCGCCGACCAUAGUUGUUUUGCCGUCUCCAUACAGUGCGGCUGAGGGGUGGAAAGGUAAUGUAAUGUAAUGUACCUUGCCGUGGUCACUGACGGGUUCACGCCAGUUCACGGGGUUCACUUGAGGAGAGCUCCCACCCCCUGUUCGCCUCCUCUUCUUCUCAAAGCGCAACGAUCGGAGCUAAUCCAAUAUUAUUCAUUUAUAUAUUAAUGUCGGAUUCCAUUUUUCACACCGACCGCUGAGGUUCCCUGGGAGCUGUGACAGGAGUCCUAAAGUGGCAGAAGGCAUGAAGCAACACCGUGAUAUCAUAGUGGCUUGUCCAUGACACUAAACUCCAUUCAACCCUCUCCACUAUCCACCCACCCUCUGUUCUCAUCAUACCGGACAACCAGUCACUCACUAUCCCAUCUACACAAAGCUGCACAAUGGCCAGCAAGAGGAAAUCCACUGUACCCUGCAUGAUACCAUCCAAAUCCAAAUAUGUGCGUGAGGAAAUCAUACUGGGCUCACUACCAGAACUCCUACCAACAAUCCCAGAGGACAGCAUACUCAGCAUCUCUGGAGAAGAGUCUGGCCAUGUCUCUCACAGCUCCUCCAAAUCCGAAAGUGGCAGUGAGAUGCAGAAAGGAGGCACAUACAGCUGCCCGACUUGCCGUUUUGAAUCCAGAGAUUUAAACUACUUUUUGGAUCACAUGCACAACUGCCACUUAGACUUCAGGGCCCAGCCCACGUUUUACUGCCUGAACUGUGGGGUGUCAGUCGUCCGCUUUGAGGCCCUGGCUCUGCAUAAUGCCAACUCCCACCCGAAGAUAAUGGAGGGCUUGGUCACCGCCUCCCUAACUGUCAACAAGCGGGAUGGAGUAACAACUGUUGAACAAAGCCUGUUCACAGCCAGUGGAGAAGACUACAGAGAAUCUGGGAUCUCUGUCACCAAAACGCCAAUUGCAAAGAUGAUGAAAGCUAAGGGUGAUCACAAAAAGAUUGUGGUUUCUCACACCGUGGAGGUACGGAAGAUAGACAGUGGAAAGGAUAUAGACCCCAGCAUGCUGACAAAUGUGCCUGAACUCCAAAACGGGGCUCUCAGUGUUUCUGGUGCCCCAGCUAUGCCGAGGACCACUGUCACUCAUGUGAUUACGACGACAGUGUCCAACCAAGUCUUUCACCAGCACACUCCCUCCCUUUACUCUCCCCCCUCCUCUGAUUCCAAUAAAGACCUUCCAAAGGUGAUGAUCCCUCUCAGCAGCAUCCCCACCUAUGAUGCCGCCAUGGACACCAGCAGCUUUCUCAAGACAUCCUUUGGCAAGUUCCCUUACCCGACCAAAGCCGAACUCUGCUACCUGACAGUGGUCUCAGAGUUCCCCGAAGAGCAGAUCAAACUGUGGUUUACUGCCCAAAGGCUCAAGCAGGGCAUAAGCUGGUCUCCUGAAGAAAUCGAAGAGGCCAGGAGGAAGAUGUUCAACACCGUGUUCCAGGGUGGUGCACCUCAGAAGCAACCUGCUACACAGCGGCAUGUCAAUCACAUUGUAACCCACCACACUGUCACUGCCCAUCCAGGCUCAAAAGGACCAAAUUUUCAGAUGGCCAAAGUUCCCUAUGGCAGCAUAAAAACCAGGCCUGUUGGGGCCAUAGCCACACAGGCCAGCAUGUCAACCAACCCCCAUGUCACCAGGGUCUCAUAUUCUACUCCAGUUGUCCCCCCAAAGUUUCCAUCCAUAGUCAGAACAACACAGGUACUAACCAAGAAUACUCAGCCCACUGUGGAGCCAGACAAGAGCAAUGGCCUCAGCCUGGACAUGGCUGGAAGCAGUGGUUGUGUCAGUAGCACCAGCAGCAGUCGAAGCAGCAGUAGCAGCAGUAGUUGCAGUAGUAGCAGCAGCAUCAGCAGCUAUUCCAGCAGUAGUAAUGGUGGUGAGACUGUCACCAGGAAGCCGGUGCAUAACAGCAGCCCGACCAACAGUAUCAACAGCACUGUCACUUGCUCGACCAACAUUAGCAAUAAUGAUGAGCACUGUGUUACUGACACCAACGGCAAGCCAAAUCUCAAAAACAACACUUUACCUGUUGGAUUGGAAGGUUCAAACAGCACCAAGAGUCAAGUGAUCAUCAACAACACCAGCAAACCCAACGUCAGCUGUAAUAAUCAUAACAGCGGUAUCAUCAGUCCACAAGAGCAGGUUCCCACUGCAAAGCACGAAGACGAACGCAACAACUACAUCCACAAGACCAACAACAGCAGCAUUAGCAGUGAAUACUCCAGUACUAUCUGUAAUGACAGUGUCCCUAACCUGAACCAUGCCAGCAAACCCCAAACUGAAAGCACCAGCACCACUGUCAUUGCAAAAAGCAGCUCAUCCAUUUUAGAUGAGGAUAAAUGCAACAAGGACUUUCCCAUAAAAGGCAUGUCAAUCUUAAAGCAACUCAUUAAGGAGGAGGACCCUUUUGCUGGAGACAGAGCCUGCCCAGAGCUAAAUGUUGACCCCAUCAAGAUCAACUUCAAGAGGCUGAAGAGGAAUGAAGCGGAGACUACAUCUGAGACUGUACAUCAAGAACACAAGUCUGAGAUAGCUGAGGUGUCUGCUUCUCAGCCAUCUUUCUCACCCCCUUGGGGCAACAAGACCCCCCAGCAACUGCACAUCCUCCGGCAGGUUUUCUCCAAUACCCGCUGGCCCAGCAGUCAGCAGUACGAGGAGCUGAGUGUCCAGACAGGCCUUCCCAAAUCAGAGGUGGUGCGCUGGUUCAGCGACAGCCGGUAUAGCCACAAGAAUGGGCAGCUAAAGUGGCUGGAGACCUAUCAACGACCACCUGUGGAGUCAGAACAAGAAAUGAUAGACCAUGGAUCUGCUGAAGCCAAGUCACCCAAGGACCCUCCAGUGGCCAAAAAGAAACCUUUUGAGCAAGACGUGAACCAGCACCUUGAAGGCGAACCAGGAAAGAACUCAGAGCAGCGGGUUGUAUGGCAGGAAUCAUACUCACCGCUGCUGGGUCUGAUGGAGUCCGAGGGGAGUGGCGAGCGAGGCCAAGCUGAGGAAUCAGGACAGCCAGGAUCCCUGCAGGAUCCCUGGUCAGAGAGAACAGAGGACCACCAGGAGCCAGUGGCCAGUCAGUCACUCAUCGAACAACAGACUGAUGCCAGUCAGGCCAGGGAUCGCCUGAGGAUGGAGCUGCUGGAGGUGUGAUGAAGCAGACCCACUCUCACCAGAGGAACAUGCUGUUUGCUCCCCUGGCCACGGUCUAAAAAAAAAAUAAAUAGAGUGUUCGUAAUGACAGCAGAUGUGAUUGUAGCUGGACCGUUGGACUCUGACUGUAACUGUGAAUACCCCCACCCCCCUCCUCCUCAUCCAACUCCUACUCUUCCAUCUGCCAUCACUUCCUGCCAUCGUCAAAAGAAAGAACUUCUCACCUUUGAGUCCUGUGAUGUUUAAGCCUUUCAUGCUUUUUUAUGGUUGUGUGGGGAGGGUGCACAAUGAGGUCAGUGUGAGGGAUCAAAGAAAAGAAAGAGAAAAGACGCACACUGACUGGAAAACUGACUUGAAUGAGCGAAGAUAGGAUAGGGUAGUGCCAAGAGAUAUUGUUUUGGGGUCAGAGAUAUAUAUAUAUAUAGAUAGAUAGAUAGGGCAGCAUGGUGUUACAGUGGUUAGCACUGUCACCUCAC